GAUGCCGCUGAUGCCACGAAGAAAUCCGGCGCGUCGGAUAGUAAACAUGAAUUUCUGCUAGCUAGAUUAUCAACUGCGCAGAUCCGAAGGAUUUUCUUCUCACUUUGCUGGAUGGUUUAUACAUGUUUAGUGUAAUUGGUUUAAGGCAUUUUUGUGAAAUGAAGUGUUACUUUCGGUAAUCUGCAGGAUAGUGUCGCUUUAGUAGAAUCGCACAGGGCAUAAUUUGAUUUUAUGCCCUUUUUUUAUAUGCCGUAAGCCAGCUAAGGUUUCCCUUAUAUACAUAUACAUUUAACAGGAAGCACACUAACUAAAACGCUACUAUGGAUUUUAGCUGACAGUGAUCAUCUUCUUUAACUCAGCACCUGGGAUCUGAAAGUCUUUGCCCCCCUCCCCCCCCCAACAUCCCCCUCCCUCAUUUUCCUAAUACGUAACCAUGGCAACUCUUACAAGACAGGACUUGAACUUUGGACAAGUGGUGGCUGACAUCCUGUGUGAGUUUCUGGAAGUGGCCAUUCACCUCAUCCUGUAUGUGAGAGAAGUUUAUCCAUCCGGAAUAUUCCAAAAGAGGAAGAAGUACAAUGUACCUGUACAGAUGUCAUGUCACCCCGAGCUGAAUCAGUAUAUCCAGGACACACUGCAGUGUGUCAAACCACUUAUUGAGAAGAAUGAGGCAGAGAAAGUGGUGGUGGUAAUUAUGGAUAAAGAGCAUCACCCAGUGGAAAGGUUCGUGUUUGAGAUCUCCCAGCCUCCUUUGCUGUCUAUUAGCUCAGACACACUGCUGUCUCAUGUGGAGCAACUGCUAAGAGCUGUGAUCCUGAAAAUCAGUGUGUGUGAUGCUGUUUUAGAAAACAACCCUCCAGGAUGUACAUUUACUGUUCUGGUUUAUACCAGAGAAUCUGCCACAAGAAACAUGGAGAAAGUUCAGGUGAUCAAGGACUUUCCCUGGAUUGUUGCAGAUGAGCAGGAAGUCCUCAUGCAGGAGCCCAGACUCAUUCCUCUGAAAACGAUGACCUCAGACAUAGUAAAGAUGCAACUUUAUGUGGAGGAACGUGCACACAAAGGACAGCAAAAUGUAGCAUGAAAAAAAAGACACUUAUAAAAGGCUUCCUGUUUUGCUUCCUGUGCAACUGACACCACAUGUUCAGAGUUGUGGUUGGUUUACAUAUUGAAUCUACGUUUCUCACGACCAGCUUGAUAUUGUUGGACUUGUGCAGUUUGCUGAAUGCAAGGAUUAGCGGGAAACAUCAGUAACAUCAUGACAGGAAGUACUCUGUUUGACCAAAAAGUGAGUGAGUGAGUAAUUUGAGCUGUUACAUUCGCACUUUGUGGGGGGUAAAUUGUAAAAAGUGUGUGUAUGUAUUUGUGCAGAUGUGUCUUUGUUUUUCCCCACCGGUGUGCGUUUUUGUUUUGGCUUGAAUUCUCACUUAAACUGAAAGAUUCUCACAUUUUACCAAUGUCCUAUUAAAAUAUUUUAUAACUCUG